AUGAUCUUGGCCCGCUGGGCCGCUGGCCCCACUGAGGCGCCCCCCGCAGAUGGAGAGGGUGGGAAAGGAGGAGGAGGAGGAGGAGGAGGAGGAGGAGGAGGAGGAGGAGGACAAGAAAUUGGGGGAGUAGUUGGAGUUGGAGAUGCUGGGAUCACAGCGACCCUGACCGAGACAACCAGUAACAACACGAGUCUGACCAGCACGACACCAGUUCCCGCUGCACCAUCUUCUGUCAAGUCUCCUAAAUCGACUCCGGGGAAGAGGGGCCGCAGGGGCGGUUCUUCUUCUAGUAUUCUCUCCGGCCUUUCAGGUACCCCAAGGUCUACGCGCAGAACUUCUGCUAGGAUUCUUAAGACGACCCCGCCGUCUCCUGUUGCCGUAUCCCGGGCCAUCUCCGUGUCUCCCCCAACAGUUCUUACAUCCCCUUCAUCUGCGUCUGCGGCCACAACGGCUAUUACUUCUGCCGCGACGACGCGCUCGUCAACCUUAACUCCACCUGGAACUUCUGCUACUGCUGCUACCGCAAGUCGCAAAGUCUUUCCAAAGAAUAUGGAGCCACCCGUCGUUUCUUUCUAUGGCGCCGAGCCUAUUCCGCUGCCUUCACGGUUUGCCGGCGUGAAGAAGCGAUUGAUUGCGGGUCAUGAGGCUGCUGUCGAGGCCUCUUGGCAACGCCUUCUCGCCGCCCUCAAAACUGAGAUUGCUGAUAUCCAAGACCGUGGUUCUGAGCUCAUUCCGUCCAUAAAUUUCGCCGACAUCAAUGAUCCUGUCCGUGUCGAAGCCUUCGCUCAUCGGCUCAGACGCUAUGGCGUCGCCGUAAUCCGCGGAGUUGUGUCUUCCAAUGAUGCCCAGAACUGGGUGCAGGAGACACGCGAGUAUCUCGACAAGAACCGCGAGUUCAAGCCGCCAGCAUUGCACGACCCAACCUGCAUUGAUCUGUUUUGGACGCCUGUUCAAGUUCGCGCCCGCGCUCACCCUAACAUGCUACGCGCGCAGAAGUUUGCCAUGUCCUUCUGGGAGUCGACCGAUGAUUUACACAUCACGCGGGCGCCCGUGAGCUACGCCGAUCGCCUGCGCAUCCACAACGACAAUCUAGGUGCCGUCGGCCAGAAGAACGGCAACUCAGCUGCCGAUUCACUGAGCGCCAGUGCAUCGGCGACUGUCAUCGCACAAAUCGAUAGCGGCAGCUUGGAACGCUGGGAGCCGGACGGCUAUGGCCGCGGGGGCACCUACGAGGCCGUAUUCCGCGGAGAUUGGGAAUCAUAUGAGCCCUGGGACCCGGCCGGCCGCGUCGGGGCGACGACGGAUUUAUACAACGGCGCCGGUGCCUGCAGCGUGUUCCGUAUGUUCCAGGGUAUUCUGGCACUCACCGAAGUCGAGCAGGGCAUGGUGCGCGUGUUGCCUUCGCCCAAGCUCGUAGCUGCAUAUUUCCUACUGCGUCCAUUCUUCUCACCAAAACGGGGCCCGCCAGAGCAACCGGAUGGCGGCAAGGCUGAUCAAUGGGCCGCGUAUCUCGACGCGUCAAAUUGGUCCCUCGACCCGGAGCCCAAUACCAUCAUCCAUGGCGCCGUUCCCGGUCAUGCCCAACGCAUCACUGAGAGGUGGCACCCGCAUCUACAUCUCCGCAGGAGCCUGGUCUCUCUGCCUAGUCUUCAAGCGGGUGACUAUGUUAUCUGGCACUGUGAUCAGGCCUAUUCCAUAAUUACCGGCGGAACAAAGCUCGGCGUCCCUCCAUCCUUGCAAGACGAGUCCAAUGAGCUCUCCCUGCUUACCUACACCCCCGUAUGUCCAUUGACUCAAACCAAUGCUCUCUUCCUCGCUCGUCAGCGCAAAGCCUUCCAAACCGGACAGCCGGGACCGGAUUUCGACACGCUGGGCGGCCUGGGAAGUGAGGCCUCACACCAGGACCGUCCCGGUGCUAAGGAAGUCGAGGACUACGGUGGAGUCGAUGGCCUACGAGCCAUGGGCCUGGCGCCAUACGACGUCGAGCCUGCUGGCGCAUCGCCCAAGACCCGUGACCUAAACGCAGAUGCAAUGGAUGUUGACGAUGAGGAAGGGACGCGAAACAAGUCCAAGACGGAGGCGGAAACAGAACUGCUGCGGCUGGCCAACAUUAUCCUUUUCCCUAACCGCUACGACUUUUACAUUCCCACAAACGGCACGCGGAGCAGCGGCGACCGUACUCCUCGCGCACAGGGCACACCUAAGACGACAGUGAAUGGCACGAAAAGCUGA